AUGGCAAUUGAGCAAGGCCAGAAGAAGACUAAUCCUAGUCCUUAUGACCAAGUCAUUGUUAUGAGCCAGAGAUUUAUCAAUGCCUCGUUUGCAAGGAUGUGGCAAGAGGCGCCGUACGAUGACCCUCUCAAGCUGUUCGAACGUACCGGUCCUCGCACACAGGAUAUGGUCAAAGUUACCUUUGAGCCCCCUCAGAUCUUUAUUCCUGCCUUUGACUAUGAUUACCCUGGUCAGGUAUAUCUCCGGAUGAAAGUUUUGCGCGGCAGGAUCUAUCUCUAUUCAAAUUCGACAAACAGAUACCCGGAUCCUUAUGACAUGGAUGGAUGGGACCUAUAUUUCAAGAUGAGAAUCAGGCACAAGGAUAGCAAUCGUGACGAUCCCAAGUAUAGAGCCUACCAAAAUCAAUCAGGGUUUACGGGCGCUAUUUUCGAACUGACCCAGCUAUAUAUGGGUCUAUCUGAUCCCUCAAAUCCGGACGAGGCAUUCGACGACAGGAAGAGCACGUAUGCCGCCGCGAUCCUUACUCCAAAUGCCAAAGAAAAUCUUAAAAAGGUCAUGGCGGACUGGGUGAGGAGUGCUCGGCUGGAGAAACCCAGGUGUAAUCUCCUCGGAUACGUCUUUACAAGCCAACAACCCCAGACCUUGCCAGGGGCGGAAAGCUCGCUUGUUCCAAAAAUAAUACACUACAAUGUCUAUCCCUGGAGAGGGCCUGACGGCUCUUAUAAGGAAAGGGAUGGGAUUGAUGAGAAUGCUUUGGGCAUCCUAGUCACAACAGGAUCCCAUCAGGCACCGUAUCCUCCUGGAAUCAACUACUCCGGUCCAUUUGUUGAAAGAGGAGCAACUCUCUGUAUCAAUGCGAACUGCUUCUGGGAAGGCUGGGUCCUUCGGGACAUCCAAGCGGUUGCCAGAGACACUGAGAUUAUUGUCGAUAGCCCACCGCUGUCCAUGGGAGUACCCGGUAAAUGGAACAUUGGUGUCAAGUAUCAUUUUGGAUCCAAAGAGGCUCCAAGCAGCUUUCGCUUUCAGCGCCAUGUUAAAAAUGGAAGGACCAGCUGGGCGUGGGCAGGGAAAUUGCAUAAAACCAGGAGCAACACUGUGAACCUUAAACUUGGGGGCGGGAAGCUAUAUCCUAUGGUUAUUGACGAAACUUCACAAUCGUGGAUUACCAUUGAGCCUGCCAGCGGCGAUGAGCGCAUGUUUGCAAUCAAGGGACGACACGUCUUCUACCAUGCAUUGCUCUGGAACAAGGACAAGAAAUUUUCGCAAUGGGUUACGCUCAUUGCCGACUGGCAUAUCAAUUUCAAGCUCCAGGCAAUCGAUGACGGAGGGCUACAAAUCGCCCCCGAGUUGAGAGACAGAUCCUGGCUCACAAUACAAACCAAGAAGGGGACCAUCAUCCGUACCAAUGAAGGCUACCUCAAGAACAAGGCCACAACAAUGGAGAACGAGUUGCGCAAGCGUCUGGAAAACGCAGUCUCCGGGAUGUCUAAGAAGCUCAAUCAGGCUUUCCAGGUGCAACACAAGUUUAUUAUGCCAGCAUCAGGAGUGUUCGCAAUGAGACACCCCAAGUUCAACAACCGCGGCGAUCUUCUGGUUGAACUCGAAUAUCUCAACUUCAAUGCUCCUAACUCGAGGGCUGUAGUCCCCGCGCCACAUGUUGUGGAUAAUGCAAUGGAAUCCGACCACUUUCCUUUCCACAAGAUUUCCUCCAUCUCACAGGAUUAUCCUCCACGCCAACCAGUUGACCAUCACCAUCACUGUCUGACCAGAGAGCAUUUUCAUGAAGAUGUAUACCACGAGUAUCAUGUUGACGAAGAUGAGUUCCACAGGGAUCACCACUGCCAUCCAGGCGAGCAUCAUGAUGAACAUGAGGAUCAUCGACCUGAUCCGUUCAAGCAUACAGAACGUACUUGGCCUGAACCAGGAGACUUUCCUUUCCAUUCUGACAACGAGCCUGACUGUCAUAAAACUCCAGACAAGAAGCCUGAUGGUCAUACCCAAGAUGAGAUCGCUCAUCCAGAUGACCAUUCUAGGCCACACCGUCGCCCACAACCAGGCCGUACCGGACAUAAAGAUUAUGCAAGUGAUGAUGACGACUACUAUUAA